CGCCGUUGCUGACGUCACCGCCGGUAAUCAACCAAUCAUAAAAUCCGAUUUCUCUUCCUCCUAUCCUUUAUCCUAAGCCUCUCCUUCUCCUCCUCCUCCUCCUCCGCGCACGUUAGCCUCUCUCUCCCUCCCUCCUUCCUAAUGGACACGACGCCGGAGACUCAAUCGAAGAGCGGCGGCUCAAGCCGUCUCCCGCCGGGACGCGAGGACUGGUGGAGCGAGGACGCGACGGCGACGCUGAUCGAAGCCUGGGGAGACCGAUACGUCCACCUCAGCCGCGGAAACCUCCGGCAGAACGACUGGAAAGAAGUCGCCGACGCCGUCAAUUCUCGCCACGGCAACAACGGCCGGCCGAAGACCGACGUCCAGUGCAAGAACCGGAUCGACACGCUGAAGAAGAAGUACAAGACGGAGAAGGCGAAGCCUUCUCCGUCGUCUUGGUGCUUCUUCGACAAGCUCGACUUCCUCAUCGGCCCCGUCGCGCUGAAGAAAUCCACCGCCGCCGGUCCUGCCGGAGUUUUCAAAUCGCCGUCGACGAAGGCUGGUUUGAAAUUGAAUCAGGCCGGAUCUAUUUCGAGUGGAAGCUCUCUUGACGACGAUGACGAUGACGAUGAUGAUGACGUGGAGGGUGAUUGGGGGUUUGUGGCGAGGAAGCAUCGGAGAGUGGAGGAUGAAGAUCUAUGUCCAGAUCCGGGUGAAGGAUCGUCGUGUAGGGAGCUAGCGAGAGCGAUUCUGAAGCUAGGAGAGGUGUACGAGAGGAUCGAGAGCGCGAAGCAGGGGAUGAUGAUUGAGUUGGAGAAGCAGAGGAUGGAAGCUGCCAAGGAGAUUGAGUUACAACGUAUGAACAUGUUGAUGGAUAUGCAGAUGGAGCUUGAGAAGUCUAAGCUUGGCAAACGUAGAGCUGCUGCUUCAGGUUUUUUAAAAAAAAAUAUUGUGAAUUAUAUAUGGUAAGAAGUUGUAGUAUUUAGAUUGUGGAGAAGAAGCUAUACUGUGUUGAAGCAAGGAGCAAUGGUUGGAUCUGAGAGCUCAUAUCAAUUGGAGAAACUGUUAUUAUUCUUAAUCCAUAGGUUUCAAGUUAGAUCAAUGCUUUUUUUUUUUUUCUCUUCUCUAGCAUUGUAAAAUACAUUGAUAGCAAUGCAGAUUGGUGAAAGAAACUCUUGUAGUUAUCUGACAUAUCAAGAUGUACUUUUGUGAAGUAUUAAUGUUUGAGGGCUUUGUGUAUUAA